CCUCCUCGCCCGGCGGUGGCCGCCCGCCCCCUCAGCCCCUGCUCUCCGUGUGCGCAUGAGCGGAGGCGCCUCCCCCGGUUCCUCCCAAGGCUAAACUUUCUAAUUCCCUUCUUUGGGCUCGGGGCUGCCGGCGGCGGGGAGAGCGCUCGCACCGCCCGGAAAGGAAGACGAGGGGGAAAAGGGCAGGCGGCUCGGCCGGCGCGUUCUCCACUCCUCCGCAGGGGCUGUCCCCUCGGCUGCAGGGACUGGCCAUGGGGCUGGUCCAGGUGUUCGCUUUCAGUUUCUUAGCCCUGUGCGGAGCCAAAGUGUGCGCUCAAGAACCCGAAUUCAGCUAUGGCUGCGCGGAGGGCAGCUGCUACCCCGCCACGGGUGACCUUCUCAUCGGCCGAGCACAGAAGCUCUCCGUGACCUCGACGUGCGGGCUGCACAAGCCUGAGCCGUACUGUAUUGUCAGCCACCUCCAGGAGGACAAAAAAUGCUUCAUCUGCAAUUCACAAGAUCCUUAUCACGAGACCCUCAAUCCUGACAGUCAUCUCAUUGAAAAUGUGGUCACUACAUUUGCUCCAAACCGCCUUAAGAUUUGGUGGCAAUCCGAAAAUGGUGUGGAAAAUGUAACGAUCCAACUGGAUUUGGAAGCAGAAUUCCACUUUACUCAUCUCAUAAUGACUUUCAAGACAUUCCGUCCGGCCGCUAUGCUGAUAGAACGAUCGUCCGACUUCGGGAGAACCUGGGGCGUGUACAGAUACUUUGCCUAUGACUGCGAGAGCUCAUUUCCAGGCAUCUCCACCGGGCCCAUGAAGAAAGUGGAUGAUAUAAUUUGUGAUUCCCGCUAUUCUGACAUUGAACCCUCAACCGAAGGAGAGGUGAUAUUUCGUGCUUUAGAUCCUGCUUUCAGAAUAGAAGACCCUUACAGUCCAAGGAUACAGAAUCUCUUAAAAAUCACCAACCUGAGAAUCAAGUUUGUGAAGCUGCACACUUUGGGUGAUAACCUUUUGGAUUCCAGAAUGGAAAUCAGAGAGAAGUAUUACUAUGCAGUGUAUGAUAUGGUGGUUCGAGGAAAUUGCUUCUGCUAUGGCCAUGCCAGCGAGUGUGCACCUGUGGACGGAGUGAAUGAGGAAGUAGAGGGAAUGGUUCAUGGGCACUGCAUGUGCAGGCAUAACACCAAGGGCUUGAACUGUGAACAGUGCAUGGAUUUCUACCACGACUUACCCUGGAGACCCGCUGAAGGUCGAAACAGCAAUGCCUGCAAAAAGUGUAACUGCAACGAGCAUUCGGGCUCAUGCCACUUUGAUAUGGCGGUGUACUUGGCCACUGGAAACGUCACCGGAGGGGUGUGUGACGACUGCCAGCACAACACGAUGGGACGCAACUGUGAGCAGUGCAAGCCGUUUUACUUCCAGCACCCGGAGAGAGACGUCCGAGACCCCAACCUCUGUGAACGAUGCAGCUGUGACCCAGCUGGAUCUCAGAAUGGGGGAAUCUGUGACAGUCACACGGAUUUUUCCACUGGACUCAUUGCUGGUCAGUGCCGGUGUAAAUUACAUGUGGAGGGAGAACACUGUGAAAUUUGCAAAGAAGGCUUCUACGGCUUAAGUGCUGAAGACCCAUUCGGUUGUACAUCUUGUGCUUGCAAUCCUCUGGGAACGAUUCCUGGCGGGAAUCCUUGUGAUUCUGAGACAGGUUACUGCUACUGUAAGCGUCUUGUGACAGGACAGCAUUGUGACCAGUGUCUGCCAGAGCACUGGGGCUUAAGCAACGACUUGGAUGGAUGUCGACCUUGCGACUGUGACCUUGGAGGGGCCUUAAACAAUAGCUGCUCCGCGGAGUCAGGCCAGUGCGCGUGCCGCCCCCACGUCAUCGGGCGCCAGUGCAACGAGAUGGAGUCUGGGUACUACUUUACCACCUUGGAUCACUACAUCUAUGAAGCAGAAGAAGCCAACUUCGGGCCUGGGGUCAGCAUAGUGGAGCGGCAGUAUAUCCAGGACCGGAUUCCUUCCUGGACUGGAGCAGGCUUCGUCCGAGUGCCCGAAGGGGCUUAUUUGGAGUUUUUCAUUGACAACAUACCAUAUUCCAUGGAGUAUGACAUCAUAAUUCGCUACGAACCACAGCUCCCCGACCGCUGGGAAAAAGCUGUCAUCACGGUGCAGCGACCUGGAAAGAUCCCAGCCAGCAGCCGAUGCGGUAACACUAUUCCCGAUGAUGACAACCAGGUGGUGUCCUUGUCGCCCGGCUCGAGGUACGUUGUCCUUCCACGCCCCGUGUGCUUUGAGAAGGGUGUAAACUACACCGUGAGGUUGGAACUGCCCCAGUACACGUCCUCCGAUAGCGACGUGGAGAGUCCCUACACGCUCAUCGAUUCUCUUGUUCUCAUGCCGUUCUGUAAAUCUCUGGACAUCUUCACCGUGGGAGGCUCAGGGGAUGGGCUGGUCACCAACAGCGCCUGGGAAACCUUUCAGAGAUACAGGUGUCUGGAGAACAGCAGAAGCGUUGUGAAAACACCAAUGACCGACGUAUGCAGAAACAUAAUCUUCAGCAUUUCCGCCCUGUUACACCAGACAGGCCUGGCUUGUGAAUGCGACCCCCAGGGCUCACUGAGUUCCGUCUGCGACCCCAACGGAGGCCAGUGCCAGUGCCGGCCGAACGUGGUUGGAAGAACCUGUGACAGAUGCGCUCCUGGCACCUUUGGCUUUGGCCCCAGUGGCUGCAAACCUUGUGAGUGCCACCUGCAAGGAUCCGUCCACGCCUUCUGCCACCCCGUCACCGGCCAGUGCCAGUGUUUCCAGGGCGUGUAUGCUCGGCAGUGUGACCGGUGCCUGCCUGGGUACUGGGGCUUCCCGAGCUGCCAGCCCUGCCGGUGUAACGGCCACGCCGAGGACUGCGACGCAGCGACGGGGGCCUGCCUGGGCUGCCAGGACUACACCACGGGGCACAACUGUGAAAGGUGCUUGGCCGGUUACUAUGGCGAUCCCAUCAUCGGGUCUGGAGAUCACUGCCGCCCUUGCCCUUGCCCAGACGGUCCCGACAGCGGACGCCAGUUCGCCAGCAGCUGCUAUCAGGACCCUGUGACUUUACAACUGGCUUGUGUCUGUGAUCCUGGGUACAUUGGCUCCAGGUGUGACGACUGUGCCCCAGGCUUCUUCGGCAAUCCCUCGGAUGUGGGGGGCUCCUGUCUGCCCUGCCAGUGUCACCACAACAUCGACACGACGGACCCAGAAGCCUGCGACAAGGAGACAGGGAGGUGCCUCAGGUGCCUCUACCACACGGAGGGGGAGCAGUGCCAGCUCUGCCGGUCCGGGUACUAUGGGGACGCCCUCCGGCAGGACUGUCGCAAGUGUGUCUGCAAUUACCUGGGGACAGUGCAGCAGCACUGCAACGGCUCUGACUGCCAGUGCGACAAAGCCACAGGCCAGUGCUUGUGUCUCCCCAACGUGGUCGGGCAGAACUGUGACCGCUGUGCGCCCAACACCUGGCAGCUGGCCAGCGGCACCGGCUGUGACCCAUGCAGCUGUGAUCCUGCUCAUUCCUUCGGGCUGUCUUGCAACGAGUUCACAGGGCAGUGUCAGUGUAUGCCCGGCUUCGGAGGCCGCACCUGCAGCGAGUGCCAGGAGCUCUUCUGGGGAGACCCCAACGUGGAGUGCCGAGCCUGUGACUGUGACCCCAGGGGCAUUGAGACACCACAGUGUGACCAGUCCACUGGCCAGUGCAUCUGUGUCGAGGGGGUCGAGGGUCCGCGCUGUGACAAGUGCACGCGAGGGUACUCAGGCGUUUUCCCAGACUGCGCUCCCUGCCACCACUGCUUUGCUCUCUGGGAUGCAAUCAUCGCCGAGUUGACCAAUCGGACCCAGAAGUUCCUGGAGAAAGCCAAGGCCCUGAAGAUCAGUGGGGUGCUUGGGCCAUACCGAGAGACUGUGGACUCGGUGGAGAAAAAAGUCAACGAGAUCAGAGAUAUCCUAGCCCAGAGCCCCGCCGCGGAGCCGCUGAAAAACAUUGGGGAUCUCUUUGAGGAAGCAGAGAAAUUAACCAAAGAUGUUUCAGAAAAGAUGGCUCAGGUCGAGGUGCAGCUGUUGGACACGGCUUCACAAAGCAACAGCACAGCCAGCCAGCUAGAGUCUCUGCAGACAGAAGCGGAAAGCCUAGACAACACAGUGAAAGAGCUUGCUGAGCAAUUGGAAUUUAUCAAAAACUCAGAUAUUCGGGGUGCCCUGGACAGCAUUACCAAGUACUUCCAGAUGUCCCUGGAGGCAGAGGAGAGGGUGAACGCCUCCACCACGGACCCCAACAGCACCGUGGAGCAGUCGGCGCUCACCCGGGACCGAGUCGAAGACUUGAUGAUGGAUCGAGAAGCCCAGUUCCGGGAAAAGCAAGAGGAGCAGGCCCGCCUUCUGGAUGAGCUAGCAGGCAAACUGCAAAGUCUGGACCUUUCAGCGGCUGCUGAGAUGACCUGCGGGACGCCCCCAGGGGCCUCGUGUUCCGAGACGGAGUGUGGCGGCCCAGGCUGCAGAACAGACGAAGGCGAGAAGAAGUGUGGUGGGCCCGGCUGUGGGGGCCUGGUCACGGUGGCACAUGGAGCCUGGCAGAAAGCCAUGGAUUUUGACCGAGACGUCCUGAGCGCGCUGGCUGAGGUGGAGCAGCUCUCCAAGAUGGUCUCUGAAGCAAAACUGAGGGCAGAUGAGGCCAAACAGAAUGCUCAAGACGUCCUGCUGAAAACCAACGCCACCAAAGAAAAGGUGGACAAGAGCAACGAGGACCUGAGGAAUCUGAUCAAGCAAAUCAGGAACUUUCUGACCCAGGAUAGUGCGGAUCUGGACAGCAUUGAAGCAGUGGCUAAUGAGGUACUAAAGAUGGAGAUGCCCAGCACCCCACAGCAGUUACAGAACUUGACAGAAGAUAUUCGGGAGCGAGUCGAAAGCCUUUCUCAAGUCGAGGUCAUUCUACAGCAAAGCGCUGCUGACAUUGCUAGAGCGGAGAUGUUGCUGGAAGAAGCUAAGAGAGCCAGCAAAAGUGCAAAUGAUGUUAAAGUCACCGCAGACAUGGUGAAGGAAGCGCUGGAGGAAGCAGAAAAGGCCCAGAUUGCAGCAGAGAAAGCCAUUAAGCAGGCAGAUGAAGACAUCCAGGGAACCCAGAACCUGCUCACUUCGAUUGAGUCUGAAACCGCUGCUUCUGAGGAGACCUUGCUCAACGCCUCCCAGCGCAUCAGUGAGCUAGAGAGGAACGUGGAAGAGCUGAAGCGGAAGGCGGCCCAGAACUCUGGGGAGGCAGAAUACAUUGAAAAAGUAGUGUACACUGUGAAACAAAGUGCAGAUGAUGUUAAAAAGGUGAGUAAAGCUUUGCAACUUCAUAGCUGUGUUCAUAAAGGAGCAAGGAGUCUCCUUAUUGCCUUCCUUGGAAUCAGUAAGGGACAUGGACCCAACGGUUAUUCAUCAGAAAUAUCCCCAUUGACUUGUUUUGAAAUAGCAGUCAUUAGAGACCCAGAUGGAAAAGAGUGGGAGUGCGUAUGAAAGUGUCCAAGAAGUGUGACCUAAGCCCUCAUAUCCACAUGGAUAAGGACACAGAAAAAUGAAAUUAACUUAGGGGUGGAAGUCUUAAAACAAGCACACGGAGCUUAUACUUUGGUAAUUCAAGUAGGAAGGCCUUUAUGGCAUACGGUACUAACUUGGCCGUUUGAGAAAUCUUGAAAAAAGCAGAGUAGGAAAAGCUUUAGGAGUCCGUCACAGAACCACUAGCAGGGAACUAAAUCUCACUUCUUCCACUCGCAUUCAUGCUUCUCACUGGAAGGUACUAUAUGUUGCAGAGAAAAGCUCAUACAACCCAAAUUUUUCAUUAGAAGCCAAGUAAUCAUUAAAACACACAUUCAGUGGGCAAAUGUUUAUUUCCCCAAGAAACCUCUUUACACUUUUGAGGGGAAUGUGCCAACUGUUAAAUGAAUAGCAGGGAGUUAUAAACUAUUUCGUCAAGAUUUUUCCUUGAGGUUAAUGUAGCAUUUAGGCAUUACAGAAGGGAGACCUCUCCCCGCUCCAGUUUGGGAAGAGAACAAAGCAGAAAGCAAAGUGCACUACCCCGUCCUUCUUUUCUAUCACGUUUGUACUUUCUCGCGGUGCUGAGAGCAUAUGUCUCCCCAAGUAGUCUUUUUACAUAGCAUUUUCCCC